AUGGCUACUCUCAGCGUCCUCACAUUCGAUCCUGAGGGCCGUCUGAUCCAGUUCGAUACGUGGCUCGAUGACUUACAGCUAUUCCUACUGAGCGUUUCUAGCGACGGCGUUUCGUUGUUUGACCUCACGUCUGGAGCCUCUCUCGCCCCUCCCGACACAGCUGACAGUGCGACUCGCUCAGAGUGGCUUACCCGUGACGCUGCUGCUCGCCUAGCCGUUCGCAACCACUUACCGUUAGCCGAACGCGCUCACUUUGGCCAGCACAAGACUGCUAAAGCCCUGUACGGCGCUGUAGUCGCUCGUUACUCCUCCCCUGCCACUGCUGCUCUCAGCCGCCUUAUACUGCCCUACCUUUUUCCGGAGCUGUCCGCCUUUGCCUCAGUCGACGACCUCAUCACCCACCUUCUCACUAGCGACACUCGCUACCGCGCCGUGCUUCCCACCAUGUUUCUAGACGCAAACCCUCCCCCCAUGUACAUCACUCUCUACUUCAUCGUCACCCGCCUCCCUGACUCUCUUAGCGCAGUCAGGGACCUCUUUCUCGCCAUGGACCCCACGGACCUCACUGUCGACCUGCUCGAGAAGCACCUCCUUGCAGCUGAGGCUAGCAUAGUCGCUGUAGGUGCUGCUCGUGGCACUCCUCGCACUCCCUUCUUUGAGGGGUUGGGAGGCACCGCAGCGGCAAGGGCAAGGGAGGCAAGGGUGGUGGGGGUGGCAGCGGUGGAGGCGGUGGUGGGGGCGGUGGAGGCGGUGGAGGUGGCGGUGGUGGCGGAGGGAGUGGUGGUGGGAGUGGAGGCGUUGGUGGCGGCGGUGGUGGCGGCAGUGGGAGUGGUGGCGGCGGCAGUGGUGGCGGCAGUGGGAGUGGUGGCGGCGGCAGUGGUGGCGGUCGGGGAGGAACCGGUCAGAGGGGAGGUUCUGGCGGUGGUCAGAGGUAGCAGCAGCAGCGUCCGCGUGAGACCCCUACGCCCCAGGAGCUUCGUGAGUGGUUUGCUCAGCGUGGGGCGUCUGGGGGUGGUGUUCGCUGCCAGUACGUCAUUCGCACAGUUCUUGCACAUUCCUCCACUGUUCUCCCGUGUCCGGCGGUUCCGUCCGGCUCACUCUCAGGUCUUCACCUCCCCUCGUUCUCUACGAACUUGGUCUCUGCCUGCCCUCCCACCCUCGCCCGCCCCUCCCUGCCUUCCCUGUGUCGAGGGGUGGCAGCGCGCCGCUCCUCACUCCUCCUCGUUUCCCUCGACGACUGCUCCCCUGCAGACUCUCCACAUGGACGUGUGGGGCCCAGCCCGCGUCCGUGGAUAG